GUCCCCAAUUCCAACUAAGAAUCAAAGGAUUUUAAAAGAGAAUGAAAUUGUUACUAGUGAUGUUGCUAGUGAGUGGAUUACUGAUUGGAGAAAGCCAAGCACAAGGUCCUUUUGUUCGAUUCUUUAGCAAUCUUUAUCUGAACAUUAGAAACAGCAUCAGAAAUGCGGUCGGGAUCACCUCCACAUCAACGGUCGUCAGCUCCACAACGGUACAGACGACCGUGACUGUGACCGUCGUACCACCUCCGGAUGUUCCUGAUGAAGAAACCAAUGAGGAAAUAUUAAUAGACUUCCCCAUUCUAAUCAAUUCGCAAUUAGAAACAAUGGAUACGAGACCAACCUCGGAAAGCGAAGUAUCAACAACAACGGAAAGCAGUUCAGAGUCGACUACGGAAGAAGUCAUCAAAAAGAAGGUGCCGAUCGUUGAACCUGCAGAGGCUGAUGUGUCGGAUCUAUCAGCCACAAAUACCGAAGUGGAGAUAACGACGAUCAACACUGAACUGGAGAUAUCGACGACAGAUUCACAGGUGGAUCCAACAACUCCUUUCCCUGAAAAGGACAACAUAGAACAAGAAAUCAAUACAGAAAUGCCUGAACUGGAUGCAGAGGAUAUUUCAGCAAUGGAAAUCAUGGUAGAAACCCUUUUGCAAAUACCUACCACUACGGUGGCUAGCCCAACUACGCUGGAAGAUGUUCCAGACACCACGGAGACUGAACCUCCUGUCGUUGUUAAGGUCGUGCAACCGGUUGAAAUCGUCCCGACAAAGGUGUCUAGCACAAAUCCGUCUCCUAGCACAACGGCGUCUCCUAGCACAACGGCGUCUCCUAGCACAACGGCGUCCCCUAGCACAACGACGUCCCCUAGCACAACGACGUCUCCUAGCACAACGACGUCUCCUAGCACAACGACGUCUCCUAGCACAACGACGUCUUCUAGCAUGCAAACUGUUAGGACUUCCACAACAUUCAGUACUUUGGCUCCGAAGAGAACAAUCCAUUUCACCAGACCUAGUUGGACACCGACAUUCUUGAAAUUAGCCAAUCGGAAUAUCGCUUCUUCACGAUACUUUUUUCCAGCACAUUUCCGACGACCCAAAGGCGAAGAUUUUGGAAUUGAUGUCCAAGAAGAUGACAAUAUCUUUUUGAAACCAUCUAGAGUGUUACCGGUAGAAAGUUCCUUAGGCCCACAGAUGCCUUACGUCGUCAAACGUCACGUCACCAUUGAAUCUUCGUUACGAGCAUCGCAGCAACAGCAACGCAAAUCGGUGUUGGUCACUAUGGCAACAACAGAUUAAAAUUCAAUUCUAGAAAACGGCAAAAUCUAUUUAUUGU